UCCGUCAUAUACUGCUGUUCCCUCAAAGCAGGGAAUAAGGACGGGGCAGAGGCAGUAUUGGAUUGAUUUGCCCGCGGUGCACAACGUCAACAGUCCACACCUGGAUGUGUGUUUGACUUGAAGGUUAAAGAGAGGUUGCUAUGCCAACAGAGCUUGGCUCUGAGUCACAGGUGAAGAAGGCAGCCGAAGAGUCCUCCUGGCAGAAGGGGGCAGCAACAGGCAUGCAGGACUCGGCUUUAGACGCAAAGAUGGCCAAACAGGACCAGGACUCCAAACUGAUCGACGACCACAGGGAAAUAGACGACGUGUCAGAAAAGACCACCCCAAGCAAGACCCCCAAGUCCCCCCAGAAGACUUCCAAACGGCCAAAGACUGUUCCCUUCAAGGUCACCCUACUGGACACCUCUGACUAUGAGGCAGGGAUUGAGAAGCACUGCAAAGGACAGGCCUUGCUGGACAUGGUGUGUGAGCACCUCAACCUGCUGGAGAAGGAUUACUUUGGCCUGAUGUACAGCGAUGCAGAAAGCCAAAAGAAUUGGUUGGACCCCUCCAAGGAGAUCAAGAAGCAGAUGCGCACUGCUCCCUGGCACUUUGCCUUCUCUGUCAAGUUCUACCCUCCAGACCCCUCCCAGUUGACAGAGGACAUCACCAGGUACUACCUGUGUCUUCAGCUGAGAGAUGACAUGUUGUCAGGCCGUCUGCCCUGCUCCUUCGUGACCCACGCCCUGCUGGGUUCCUACGCCGUGCAGGCCGAGCUGGGAGACUAUGACACCGAUGACCACGGUCCGGACUACGUCAGCGACUUCCGCUUCGCACCCAAUCAGACGCGAGAACUGGAGGAGAGGGUCAUGGAGCUCCAUCGUAACUACAGGGGUAUGACGCCAGCUGACGCAGAAAUCAACUUCCUAGAAAAUGCUAAGAAGCUAUCCAUGUAUGGGGUGGAUCUCCAUCAUGCCAAGGAUUCAGAAGGGAUUGACAUCAUGCUGGGCGUAUGUGCCAACGGCCUCCUGAUAUACCGCGACCGCCUGAGGAUCAACCGCUUCGCCUGGCCAAAGAUUCUCAAGAUAUCCUACAAGAGGAGUAACUUCUAUAUCAAGAUCCGGCCCGGAGAGUACGAGCAGUUUGAGAGCACUAUUGGCUUCAAGCUUCCAAACCAUCGGGCGGCUAAGAGACUGUGGAAGGUCUGCAUCGAGCACCACACCUUCUUCAGGUUAGUGUCUCCAGAGCCUCCUCCUAAGGGCUUCUUGGUGAUGGGCUCUAAGUUUCGAUACAGUGGGCGAACCCAGGCCCAGACACGGCAGGCCAGCGCUCUCAUAGACCGGCCCGCGCCACACUUUGAACGCUCCACCAGCAAGAGGUACUUGCUGUCCCGCAGUCUGGACGGAGCAGAGUUCUCCCGGCCAGUGUCGGCCAUGUGUGAAAACCAGGAUGGUCUGUCCCAGCACAGUGGCAGUGAACACCCCCACCUCCACAGCCCCUCUGGGGACGAACAGGAGACAGAACUGGAACCACCCAGUUUGGAGCAGGACCAAGAGGAGGAUCAGGAUGAGGAACAGGAUCUAGAGGAAUACCACGACCAAGAGGAGGAUGAGGAUGGUGUCCCCACCCCCAGCAAGAAGAAGGAGAUCAAGGAGGAUGCUGGGUCCCCACUUGACAAUAUACAGGAGUUUUUGGAUAAGUCAGAGGAUGUCUUACUGAAGCACCAGGCCAGUAUCAAUGAGCUGAAGAGAGCCCUGAGGGAGCCCAACAGCAAGCUGAUGAACCGUGAGAAGCGUCUGUCAGGGACGUCACCUGGCGGAACACCCGAGAAGAAGGCUGUGGUGGGCAAGGAACUAGUAAACAGCUUCUCUGUAGAGGGCUUCGUCCAGAAGACUGUGGUGACUUCCCCAGAGGGCUCUGAGGAGUGGGUAUUGAUUGAGAAACAAAAUACUCAUCAACACGACUAUAACUGGAAGGCAGAAGAACAGAACGAAGCUUCCACCUCGCCUCCCCCAUUAUUCCCUGAUUCAUCUUGGGAAAGAAAGAAAGAUUUGGAAAAAGACAUAGAAGUGGCCAAGAUGAUUCAUAUCGAGGUUACAGGGGAGGAUGGGCAAGAAAUGAUAACAGAUAUUGAUAACUUUCCAUUGUCCAAAGCCACAAGGGAAGCCCAGGAUGAAUGUUCUGAACCGCGGUUGACUAGCAACAGCCGGUUCAUGGUGGAAUUAGCUGAAACCACAGAAUCUUCUGAAGAGGAUUCACAGUGGAAAGUACCUCCAGCAGAACACUCUGGCGCAAAGAAUGACAUAUUCCCAGUGUCAGACCCAGUCUCAACCCAAGCCCCAGCCCCAGUCCCAUUCCGAGACUCUAAGAAGGAUCAUCAACCCAACAGACACAGAAAAAAGAAGAGACCUAAUAGUUUAAACCUGGGAUUGUCAACAGAAUUCAUCUAUGAGAAAGAGGGCGAUGUCUCAAACACUGAAGAAGACAACGGGGGAUCAGACUGGGAGGAUAGUCCAACAGAGAAGACAAAGGUGGGACAAAUAGAUCACCCUGUGUCCAGAGAGGAGCCAGACGACCAGUGUUGGGUGACGAGUCCACUGAUGAAAGAUGAUGAGAGAUCACCAGAGGCAAAUUGGAAGGAGACAGUGGUGUCUGCAUAUGAAGAUAAGAAGAAGGAGCACAAUACAUCAAUAGGAGAAGACAAGACGACUCAGGGAAGUGUUGUGGAUGGUCCUGCAGUGUGUGAUGGAAGAGACCAGGUUAAGCACUUCAUCACUGAGGUCCAGCCAGCAGGCGAAGGGCUGGGCUCUGUCAAUGGUCCUGGGAAAACAGAAUGUGAUAGUUUAGCAGAACAGGUUAGAGAACCGGUUCAAGGGUUUCAUCUCACAGAGAGGUGCAUGACUGACAAUAGAGAACACAAAGAAGAGGUCAAGUUGAGGGAGGUCAAGACACACAAGAGACAAGCCAGUAACUCUGGGGGGGAGGAAGUGGAAGGCCUCACGUCAGAGGUCAGGGGUCAGAGAAGGUCUUUACAGAGACUAUCAGGCAGCAGUCAGUCAGAAAUCACCAGGAUCGUUCCGCUAAAACCUGAAAGGUCAAAGAGCUUAGCAUGCAAAGAUGAGCAGGACAAAGAGAGUCAGGAGUCAGAGUCUGAGCUGAGUGGUGUUUUUAGAAGAGAGUACAGAUGGUCAGGGGGUUCAUCAGAGGGACCUUCAGACAUCAACUGGAACAACGAGUCCACCUUCUAUCAAGCACCCACCCUGCCUACGUCAUUCAUCUCAACCAACGUUAGUCCAGCAAGACGGACCCACUCCCCGACUACCACACAUAGAGACGCCCCACAGGAACAGGGCAGCUUCUGGGGUCUGGAAGGCUUGGCAAGGGUUGAGGCUAAAACUGAAGAGCUGGUUCAGCAACAGAGCAGCGCUGACCGUGAUGAUCACUUUCAGACAUCAUUCAUCUCAAUCAAUGCUAGUCCAGCAAGACGGACCCACUCCCCGACUACCACACACAGAGACGCCCCACAGGAACAGGGCAGCUUCUGGGGUCUGGAAGGCUUGGCAAGAGUCGAGGCUAAAACUGAAGAGCUGGUUCAUCAACAGAGCAGUGCUGCCUGUGAUGAUCCCUUUCAGGCUGCUAGAGAAGCCAUAGAGAGUCAUCAGUUUCUCAGCUUCAAGGUUUCAGCCUCAGCGCUCCCCAGGACAGCUCCUCCUGCCCCUCCAGUUAAAACACAGAAGGCCAGAGAGUCUGGACUCAUACUCCGGAACAUCAACCGCAAUGUUAGCAGGGAGCCUGGCCUGGACGCAACCAAGAAGAGACAUUCGGAGCCACUCUCCACUCCUGUCAUCUAUGAAGAUACAGUAGAUGAUGCCAAGAGGGAACCCUGGGAGAGGAGGCCUCGGCCGGGCUCCGCCUCGGAGGACCACGAGCGUGACACUGUGGUCUGCAUGAAAGAGACCCACCUGGGCAUCGAGAGGAAGUGCUCCAGCAUGACGGUCAGCUCCACGUCCAGCCUGGAGGCUGAGGUGGACUUCACCGUCAUCAUGGACCUCCAUACAGGCGUGGAGGAGUUCUCCAAGAGCAUGUCUAAGCUGGGGGAGCGGCUGCCCGAGGUGGGCCGGGACGACUUUGAGGAGACCUCCAGGUUCUAUUCAGCCCGUCUCAUGGUCUCCCAUGACAUGUCCCCUGUAGAGGAGAUGCCUCCUGUGCACAAUGAGCCCCCAGUAGCCAGGAAAGACCCCAGUGCUGUUAGCGCUGCCCAGAUGCUGAGGGAGGCCGACGCCAAGAUGGAGGCACACACCAAUGGGUCAGAGGUCACCAGCACCAACAUCAUGGACAUGUCAGAGCAGCAAAUGGAGACUGACGUCAACUGUAAUGACACUAAGGUCUCCAGCAGCACUGACGUGGCUCAGCCACCAGAGGGAGUCCUGAACCAGAACCAGGGAGUUGGCAGUAGGAAGGAGGCUCCUCUCCCUAGUAAAGAAAAUUGCUCCCCUGUGAAGGCAGGCACCCUGGGGAGAGAGGCUGUAGAGUCCCCCCUGAAUGUCACCACUGACAACAUCACAACUCAAGUUACCAAGACAGUGAAAGGUGGCUACUCCGAGACCAGGAUUGAAAAAAGGAUCAUCAUCACAGGAGAUGAUGACGUGGACCAACAUCAGGCCCUUGCGAUGGCGAUACAGGAGGCCAAGCAGCAACACCCUGACAUGCUGGUGACAAAAGCAGUGGUUGUCAGGGAAACAGAGUCUCCCACUGAGGAGCAACAUAGGACAUCUGAGUCCUGAUCGCUCAUAGUAGUUCCUGGGAGUGGGGACAGGAAAUUACUUGAUCCUCCCGUCAUCUCCAUGACCACCCCCCACGCCAACGCCAACGCCGCAAGAGGGCUACAGCAACCUGCCCACAAUGUAUACUACAAUACAACAGACCGACCGCGCUCCCAGAAACAAUCCCUGUCUCCUCUACAACACAAUAUGCCUCCUCUCCUGUCCCUUUAACCAAAACCGACUGUGACGCCGCCUCUGACCCACGCUCAACCCCCCCCCCCCACCCCAACCCCUCUUCCUCUGGGAAAUUCCCUUUUCCCUGGGAUUUUUAGAACAUGACCGUUCUCACAAAUCUGAGAAAUAGACUGCAGUGUUUAUAUCUCCCCAAGAGGUCUGACUUGUAAAGAAUAUGGCAGGAAUAGGGCUAAUAUGUGUUGCCCCAUGUUUAGCCAUGGGAUCUGUGAGAGAUCAAUAUGGUGGUUCUGGUGUUCUACACCCCCAGACAGACUGUACAUGUACAAACAUAAUGACAUGUUAACGAUUCAUCACCUUUGAUCAAUGUAGUUCAAUUAAAUGAUUAGUGAUGAGGAUGUAAUCCAUCUUGAGUUAAAUCAGAUCAACCUUCCCCCAGAACACAUUGACUUACCUGUAACUACUGGUCAUUUAUUCGCCAGGAAGUCAAUAAUAGUCCAACCUUCAAAAUUGCUCUCAGAAAUGGUCACCAUGGCGAUGCCUGCUCAGUGCUGACAUCAUGCAUGUAGCAUGGGGAUCGGGAAUGGAGUGUGAGGAGAGGGGGUUGGGGGAGGGCUGCUCUGCAGGGGCCAGUGGGGAUGGCUAGCCUUUAACGCUUGUUGUCACCAGUGUGACACAUAUAUAAAACAGCUGUCUUACUAGCUUUUUAAACAUUUGUAACAAUAGAAGAAUCCAAUUUAAAGUCCAGUGUUUGCUUGUUUAAGAAAUAAAUAAAAUAAAUGUAUCGAUUAGCUUCUCAUACUCACAUGCAUGGUUCUACAUAGUUGAGGUAAUGAACGAUACGAUACCGACCUGUCUAGGAACAGACGUCCACAAGAAGUGGUUAAGAUGGCAGAACAUUCAGACAAAUCUAUAUCUGAAAGAUUCUGUGGAAUAUACUUCUGCAAUGUCUAGACACUGCAUGUCAACCAAAGCUGAUGGGACGAUACUGACAGGAGAGUCAACUGAAGGAACACGUGGACAGACACUUCUACAACAUCAAGAGACUAUGAGUUGGGACUCCGCUUAGCAUUCAGGUUAUACUACUUCUAUAGGCUCUGACUGUCGUUCUACGGCUAACAACAAACAGAAUCCCCCCCCCCCACUCACCUCAUCAUGUUCUCCUUCCUUCGUCCUGCUGUUAUAAUUUCAGUCUGAAACGCUGGUCAUGUAGGGCAAAAGUCAAAUCACACCCUAUUCACCAUGUAGUGCACUACUUUAUCCAAAAUUAGUACACUCUACUGGGAAAAGGUUGUCAUUUGAGACAAAGCCAUAGUAGGACUCUUAAAGCAAAAUGAGCGCUUUUCAUUUCAAGUUUCAAAUUAUUUUAUGAAAUUUGAGGAUAUGUUUAAAAAAAGCUCUUAUUUGAGUUGUCUUUGUCAUGUUGUAUGAGUUCUACGUUUGUAUUUAUAAGAAUGGUGGUGAAUGUGGGGUUUUUCCUUCCCUAAAAAGUAUGUGUGUGAUGACUUUUUCUGUACCCUCACAGACAAAGCCUGGAUUCUUAAAGUGACAAGUUUAAGCCCAAACUCCAUCCUCUUGGAUAGUUAGACAGGAGAUGAACCAGAACAGUUGGAACCUCAUUUACGUUCCAGAACAGCAAGCAAUGCCUCCAUAACCCUGCCUGGCUUAUCCUUGUAUACACUCUUAGAGAAAAGGGUUAUUUGGCUGUCCCCAUAGGAAAACCCUUUUUGGUUCCAGGUUCCAUCCUUUUUGGUUCCUCUUUUGAAAGGGUUCUACAUGGAACCAAAAGUGUUCUUACCUGAAACCAAAAAGGGUUCUUCAAAGGGUUAUUUUAUGGGGACAGCCGAAAAAACACUUUUAGGUUCUAGAUGGCAUCUUUUUUUCUAAGCGUGUACAUGUUCAUAAAUAAUCUCUGCAUAAUAUAAUCUUAAUCUAUGCUGAACUGCUGAAUAUACACCAACCAGUCAGUCAGUUUGAGAAGAAAAAAAACCGAUGCUGGAACAAACUGUUGAAUUUACAUACUAUGCAUUGUUCCCUGUGUGGACUAACUAUGAAACAUAACUGAGGAUAACCAGAUUCAUUUUUGGAGCGUCGAUCUGCGUUUAUCAUCUCCGAUGUGAUAUUAAUUAAUUACAGCGGUCAAUUUUUAACUGCUUGUGAGACUUGCAAUAAUUGUCUCUCUGUAGCCACCUGAUGCUAUUGUAAUCCAUUAUCAGUCUACUUAAAGGAGAAAACUGUGAACUGUCUGCAUAUGAAAAGUAUUACCAAAAUGUUCCAAGAUGGAGUUGAAACUAGAAGUUGAGCUCAUCCACACGGAGUCUCCGUGGCUUUGUCACCAUGCUUGUCAAAACGACUCCACUCUCACUACACCCUGAAGUAACAGAGGGGAUCCCUUAAACGUUAUCUUACCUGCUGUAGAGUUGUCUUUGUGAAACAGACAGCCUCAACACUUCUUUUGUAUAUUUUAUUUCAUUUUAUCUAGUCAAAUGACACUGGAUUGUUGUUUAGGCACUUGCUUGUGGUGAUAGGCAGCGACGAUAUUGUUAGAAGUGUGUGGUGUCGCUAUAUUGGACACACACCUCUCAAAAUGAUGACUUGCUGUAUAGACAAUAAGAAAGAAGUUGCCCUGUAAAGCUGAUGUGCUGUUUUUUAAAGGUGGGAGUCAUUGUAUGCAAAUGAACAUAAAUACUUCUAUGUGUGCAUAUCAUUACAAAUAUACCGGAAGAGUGGGAUGAAGUUGUGCUGAUUUCAUAAUAGAGGAUUAACAGAUGUUCUAUGUUAAGACUGCAGACCACUUGUGCGGUCUUAUACAGUGCAAUGGUGAUACUGAUGAUGGGUGCCUUACUGUUGGAUUCACCGCCACUGGAAACCAUGUCAUUGAUUAUUUUGUCUACUUGUGAUCUACUGACAUUUCAGCCAUCCACUCUCCAUGUGGUGAGGUCUCGACCUCUUCCGGAGCCCUGGAUGACAUCACCUUUACUGUCAAAGGUGUGGGCCGUUUGCAGUCUCUUUACCUGCUCAUUAAUGUCCCAUGUAAUGAUUGGGAAAUACUUAUGAUAAGCUAUGAUACUCGUUCAGUGGUAGGAAUAAUAAGAAUUGGAACUAAAAUCCAUUGAAGAGCAGAAAGAUUACAAACACAAGGCCUAAUAGGACAGAACUACUAUGAGUGGCUGACUCCAUAGACUCGCGUGAAGCACUAUCCGUUCCACUCUUCCUUUUCCAUCCUUCAAUUCACCUCAACCUUUUGCUCUUCAUUCCCCAAGUGUGUGGUGGUGUGUGUUUGCUGUAUUUGCAUUCAAUUUAAAUGGAAAACAUACAUAAAUAAAUGUCUCAUUGCGAUUCA